CCGGUGCCUGUAAAAUGAACAGAUGAAAUCGUUGCCCUUUUGAUACUUUUCUCCCCGCAGAAGUGCGUUCUCGGAGCGAAGUCAUGAUGUAUUCUCCCAUCUGUCUCACUCAGGAUGAAUUUCACCCAUUCAUUGAGGCCCUUCUUCCACAUGUCCGUGCAAUCGCCUACACUUGGUUCAACCUUCAGGCUCGAAAACGCAAGUACUUUAAAAAACAUGAAAAGCGAAUGUCAAAGGAUGAGGAAAGAGCAGUCAAAGAUGAGCUACUUAGUGAAAAGCCUGAAAUUAAACAGAAGUGGGCAUCCAGGCUUCUCGCCAAGCUGCGCAAAGAUAUCCGCCAAGAGUAUCGGGAGGAUUUUGUGCUCACUGUUACUGGGAAGAAGCACCCAUGCUGUGUUUUGUCCAAUCCUGACCAGAAGGGUAAGAUUAGGAGGAUCGACUGCCUGCGACAGGCGGACAAAGUCUGGCGUCUGGAUCUAGUCAUGGUGAUCCUUUUCAAAGGUAUCCCGUUGGAAAGUACAGAUGGAGAACGGCUCAUGAAAUCCCCCCAUUGCACAAAUCCAGCACUUUGCGUCCAGCCCCACCACAUAACAGUAUCAGUCAAGGAGCUUGAUUUGUUUCUGGCAUACUACGUGCAGGAUCAAGAUUCUGGACAAUCAGGAAGUCCAAGCCACAACGAUCCUGCCAAGAAUCCACCAGUGUAUCUUGAGGAUAGUUUUGUAAAAUCUGGAGUCUUCAAUGUGUCAGAACUGGUGCGGGUAUCCAGAACGCCUAUAACCCAGGGAGCAGGAGUGAACUUCCCAAUUGGAGAACUUCAGAGCCAACCAUAUUAUCAUGACAUGAACUCGAGUGUAAACCUACAGAGAUCACUCUCCUCUCCACCAACCAGUAAGAGACCCAAAACAAUAUCCAUAGAUGAGAAUAUGGAACCAAGCCCGACAGGGGACUUUUAUCCUUCCCCAAAUUCACCAGCUGCUGGAAGUAGGACAUGGCAUGAAAGAGAUCAAGUUACCUCAUCGUAUUCAUUUUCCUACGGUUCUCCUGCAUUCAUCACCAACCAACAGUUAGAACCACAGUUUAUCAUUAAAACUGAAGCACUUGGAUCCCCUUCACCUGUUCUUCCUCUACCACCUGCUCCACCUUGUGAUGAGGAACGAGUAUCUUCUGCUGGAUUUCCCUCAUCUGGACCUUUGCCAUCUUUUGCUAUCUCCCCAACUUCUGGACUUGCUUUUCCUGGAAUUCCUUUAAUUACAGAUAUGUCUUCUCCUACAAUGAAGAAGCCUGAAAAGCCUUUGUUUAGCACUACAUCUCCCCAGGAUUCUUCACCAAGAUUGACCACUUUCCAGCAUCACCAUCCGGGAAUUCCAGGAGUUGCACACAGUGUCAUCUCAACUAGACCUCCGCCUUCACCCUCACCAUUGCCAUUUCCACCACAAGCUAUUCUCCCUCCUGCCCCAUCUAGCUACUUCUCUCAUCCAACAAUCAGAUAUCCUCCUCACCUGAAUCCUCAGGAUACUCUGAAGAAUUAUUCUUAUGACCCGUCCAGUCCACAAACCAGCCAGCCUAACAGCAGUGGUCAAGUAGUAGGGAAAAUGCCUGGCCAUUUUACUCCCGUUUUGGCACCCUCUCCCCAUCACAGUAUGGUGCGGCCUGUGACCCUGACCAUGACAGACACUAAACCCAUCACUACUUCCACUGAAGGUGAGGCAUCUUCACCUACAGCAAGCACCUACACAGCCUCAGGCACAUCACAAGCCAAUCGAUAUGUGGGACUAAGUCCAAGAGACUCUUCCUUCCUACACCAGCAACAGCUGAGGAUUUGUGACUGGACCAUGAAUCAAAACGGCAGGCAUUUAUACCCCAGUGCCAAUGAGGAUACAUUGGGAAUUACUUGGCAAAGUCCUGGUACCUGGGCUAGCUUGGUCCCCUUUCAAGUAUCAAACAGGACACCAAUUCUGUCCACAAAUGUCCAAAAUUACGGUUUGAACCUAAUUGGAGAGCCUUUCCUUCAAGCAGAAACAAGCAACUGAGGGAGAUUGAAACUGAACAAAAUACUAUAAAAGAAAGAAGAUGGGACAAAACAAUAUAUGAACCUGAAGAAAGAAGAAACAUAGACCAGCAAUUGCAGCACUUACAAUCACUAAUUCCCUUAAGAAUGAAACUG